GUGGGGAGAGUUGCCGCGAACGGGAAGACUUUCCUGUGAGGAUUCCAAGACGUGGGAUGCGAGUCUGUAUCCCGCCUCUUUGCUCGCCCCGCGACUCGCAAGGACCCCUUUCUCUCAUCGCUUGGCGCUCAUCGCACUCGCUUCUCUGUCUGCGCGGUGCGUCUUGUGUCGGUUUAUUCGGUUUUUCUUUCCCGCUGCCGGGUUUUGGUCGCCGAUGAUUGCUUUCUCUUCAUCCUCCGGUUGUUUUUCUUCUUUCGUAGAUUGUACACGGAGAGCAUGACCCUGAAGGUAGCUUUUGAAGAAAAAGUAUGAAUGUUGUGUACACGCAGGGGUUGAUGUGCCCGGCAUGAUUCGACGUGACGUAGGUCCAUUUUUGCGGUUUUAUUUACAUUUUUAAUACGUACAUUCACUGCAGUGAUUCUGAAGACAAUGUUCAAAGACAACAUCCGAAGGAUUUAGAGGUUGUCAAGCUAGAGAAGCACGAGCCUUUUCCAUUGAUAUGUGAUUCCUCAGAGGUUACUCCUUCAAAACCGAACUAGAGAAGCACAACACAUGCAGGUUGGGUUUUUUGUGAUCAGAAAUGGCUGAAACAGAAAGAACUGGAAGUCCUGCACUUGGCAGGCAGAGGAGUGCGGCUUCGGGGUCGGUUUUGCUACACUCACGAUCCAAUUCGUCUUCUUCAGGUUCUUCUUUCAACUCGUUGAGAAGGGGCCAGAAUUAUGCUGCUAGAGCUGCAGCUGCGCGUUUGGCCCAGGUUAUGCAAGCCAAUCGUGACCUUAGCUCAGAUGAAGAAGACGAGGAUGAUAUGCCUUAUUUCGGCUCCUCAUAUCUAUCGGGUGUAGUCGGGGACUCAAGAAGAGAGCAGCCUUUAAGACCCACAAGAUUGAAUGAUACUCCUCGUACAAUUUCGGAUAGGAGUGUAUUGCAGUCAACUGUCAAUCCACGGAGUUUUUCCAGGUCUAGUACCGCUUCGGUUGGUCCUCAACCAAUUUUGCAGCGUCCAAAACCUGCAGUGCCCGCUGCUUUACGACCUGCAGAUUCAGCUCCUCUAGGUGUAUCUGUAGAUCCAUUCCGCAAGUAUGCCCCCCCUGACACGACAUCAGUUAGGGGUUCGCAUGAAACCGUUGGGCAUGAUAGCAGAAGAGAUUCGGCAGCUUUACUGGACGAAAUUGAUAUGCUCCAGGAAGACAACGAGACCCUCUUCGACAAGCUGCGUUUGGCGGAGGAAAAACUUGCUGAAAAAGAAUUCAGGACACGAGAGUUAGAGAAGCAGAUUACCGCAGUUGGGGAACAUUCGUUAGAGUCUGUAGAUUCAUUAGACUCUCGUCUCCGUUUCAGGAAGGAGCAAUUUCUCAAACAACGGGAAGCGGCUCUGAAAGUAACUCAGGAGCAAAGCAGAGAUGCGAAGGAUGAUGAAAUUGCGACCUUGAAACUGGAGGCUGAGGCCGCAAAAGAGGAGGCAGUUGCAGCCUCUGCAGCUGCUCGGGAGGUGGAGAACGAAGUGAAAGCUUUGCGGAUGAUGACACAUCGCAUGGUUCUAACAAAAGAAGAGAUGGAGGAGGUGGUCCUAAAGCGGUGUUGGUUGGCACGGUACUGGGUGUUGGCUGCGAAACACGGGAUACACCCAGAAGUUUCAUCUGGCAAGGCAGACUUCUGGUCAUCAUUGGCACCAGUGUCACUGGAGAUGGUGCUCUCUGCAGGCCAACGUGCAAGGGAAGAGCCGAGUAGUCUGGUCCAAAACAGCACUGCGUCGAAUUCGAUCAAAGGGAAGACGCGUGACGUGAACGACAUUACUGGGGAGGGCAACAUCGAGAGCAUGUUGGCUGUGGAGAAGGGGUUGAGGGAGCUGGCAGCUUUGAAGGUAGAGGACGCAGUGAUGCUAGCAUUAGCACGACAUCGGUACGGUUCGGAUGCUCCAAGAACCCCAGGUCCUUUUGAUCUGAGCCCGCAGGAGGUGGAGGAUGUGCAGUUUAAGCAGGCAUGGUUGGUGUAUUUCUGGCGACGUGCAAAGACGAACGGCUUGGAGAUUGCUCGUGCCGAGGAUUGCAUCCAACUUUGGAUUAGUCGAAGUAUGCUGCAGACUUCAGUACGUGAUCAGGUGGAUGUUGAACGUGGUCUGAUGGAGCUGAGAGCACUUGGGAUAGAGGAGCGACUAUGGAACGUAUCUCGGAGGGAAAUAGGGAAAGAUGCCGCCAAUCAGAGAGUGGAUGUGCUUGAGGUUUUGCAGGGGUCAAAUACCCUACCACGGACCUUGAGUUCACAACUCAUUAUGUAGUAUAUGGUUCAUGACAGGUGAUUCAUGAUGCAAAAGCAUGUAUAUUCCUUGUUUUGGAGCUUAGAGAAUGGAUAGUUUGUUGUUCACGAAGCUUUAUACGAUCUCAUUUGGUUCGAUGCACUGAAGACAUCAUUAGGUUUAAUCCUUUGCAGUCGACGAAAAGAUGCACAGAAUCGAAGCGGUAUUGAGGAGAACCUCAUUCUUAUGAUCUGCUUUAUACUAUUGGUUAUUUUCUGCUUGAAGAAGUGGCCCCAGCGAAUUCUUUUGCUGAGAUCGUUCCGAUCCAUCUCCCCCGGAUUCUUCUGGAUUAUUUUCGUUCCUGCAAAGGCGAAGAAUGAGUUGUUUUUUUUCUGGAGACUAAAUUUGCGGGCCGUUGCUUCCCAUAUUGUUGGUCCUAUAUUCUGUUACAAUCGGCGCUUUGUAUGCGCCGUUUCGUGCUGUUAACCGCGGCUUAAGUAGGCUUGCUUGACCAGGAAAUCUGGCGGUGAAGCAGGCGGCAGUUGCAAUGGCUUGCUUUAAGAAAUGCUCAAAGUUUAGGGUGGAUGGCUCAGAAACUGCAUCUAGAUUAUUACCACCGUUACAAUUUUUCUUUUAUAGAAUCUCGACGCCAUGGCCGGCGCCUCAUCGGCUUCUGGGAUCCGUUGGAAGAAAUACUGGGAACAACGAAGGUGCAAAGGAUAUAGUCUACAAGAAGCUGAAGUACUACAGAUAUGAAUUUCUUUGAAUGCGCUGGUCACUUCUUUGCUUAAUCGGUUGACGCUUUGGCGCGACCAUGGAAGGUAUGCAUUCAAAUCGAAGAUUUGUAUCACCUU